AAAUUAGUACGGUCCACCCAACUCGAUCUGUUCUCCUUCACCGUCCGCUUCGUCGCUCGAUCUCUACGGAUCUCAAUCUCCGGCAAUGGCAAUCAACGGGACGGUGCCAUCCUCCGGCCGACUCGCCUCCGUCUACAGUGAUGUUCAGAUAAGCCGCCUCAACCACCCCCUCCCUUUACCGGCCGUGCUCAAGUCUUCUUUUAAGAUAGUCGACGGCCCGCCAAGCUCCGCCGCCGGGAGUCCAGAGGAGAUCGCGAAGCUUUUUCCCAGCCUUUUCGGCCAGCCAUCGGCAUCGUUGGUGCCGAACGGAGCUGAUCCGACGGAGCUGGGUGAGAGUCUCAAGAUCGGUGUUGUGCUUUCGGGAGGGCAGGCCCCGGGUGGGCAUAAUGUGAUUUCUGGAAUAUUUGAUUACCUGCAGGAUCGUGCUAAGGGGAGCACGCUCUAUGGGUUCAGGGGCGGGCCGGCGGGUAUCAUGAAGUGUAAAUAUGUGGAGCUGACCCCGGAGUUUAUCUAUCCCUACCGAAAUCAAGUAAUUGAUGUGCCUGUUCUCAUUGGCCUUGUUUAUCUUUUAAAUCACGUUAUUUAGGGUGCUCUUUCUUUGUUUGAAAUCAAUCUAACUGUUCUGAAGAUUAGGUCUGGAACGGUCAACACCAUUGUUUGCGCCUUGUUGCCCACUUUUGAGUUUCGUGCAUUUUCGGUGUUGCUGCCCCUAUAAAUAAUCUCUAGGAAGAUUGUGAUCAAAUAGUGUUACGAGUCGAAGCUGCAAUUUAUAAUUAUUUAUUUAUUUCAUCGGUUGAUGCACAUAGAUUAAAGUUCAUGAUAUUAUUUUUUUAAAUAUCUUAAUUUCAAGCCAUAUGGUAAUUUUUACUGUCAUUAGACUGAUAAAUUUGCUACAGUGUUAUUAUUUUUUUUAACAUUUUCUUCAUAACUUAUUUAUUAAUAUUAUUUUUUAUGACCUUUGUCAUCAUCUGUAUAGCCCCCAUCCCCCCGCCCCCCACUAUAUAUUUUUUCCUUAGUUAUGGAUGUUUGUUCAAGAGAUUUGCAAGAGGUUGUACCUUGUGUAUGUUUUUUGCUGAUGAUAUUCUUCUUGUUGAUAAGACUAGGGAGGGAGUUGAAUGAAAACUUAAAUUAUUGAGUUCAAGCUUGUGUUUAAUGGUUUUUGUUUGAGUAGAUCUAAAACCAAAUACAUGGAGUGUAAUUUUAGUAGUAAUAAAUCUAGUGAGGGGAUUGUGACUUCGGGCGAUGAAGUCAUUAAAAAGAGUGCGUGUUUUGUAUAUCUCGGUCUAUUGCUCAAAGUGAUGGUAAAAUAGAUGGAGAUAUUACUAGUAGAGUUCAAGUUGGAUGAUUGAAGUGGAGGAAUGCAUUGGGCCUGUUGUGUGAUAGAAAAGUACCUUUCAAACUUAAGGGAAAAUUCUAUAAGAUGGUGGUGCUUUCUAGCGUAGAAUGCUAGCUUUUUAAAGAGAAGCAUAAACUUAAAUUUAGUGUUACAGUGAUGACGAUACUUAGGAUGAUGAGUGGCUUUACUCUUAGAGAGAAUGCAAAACGAGUAUGUACGUAUAAAUGUUGGAGUAGCUUUAAUGGUAGAUAAGAUUAGAGAGAGUCAUCUUAGAUGCUUUGGUCAGAUAAAACGCCGGCCUUUUGAUGGUCCAUUUAGGAGAGUAGAUGUAUUAGAGUUGGCUUAUGUUAAGAAAGGUAGAGGUAGAUCUAAAAGGACUUGAUUAGAAAGUAUUAGAAGUUACAUAUUUUUUAUUAAAUUUAAAUAAAAAUUUGACUCUUAACAAUACAUAAUCAGAAAAAAAAGAUUCAUAUAGCUGACCCCAUAUAAUGGGAUAAAGACUUAAUAUUGUUGUUGUUGACAUCAUCUAUAUAUUCAUUGGUUUACCUAUGGCUAGUACAUGGCAAGUUUUAAAUUUAAAAAUGAGAAUUUGGUUUCAGAUUUCUAUUGAAACUAUUGUGAAUGACUUGUGUUAGAAAGUAUGCUACAUACUGAUAUUACGAUCAUUGCCUUUUAAUAAUUGAUUGCCAAAACAAUUCAUAUUUGAAGAAGGUGCAUGUAUGUAAAGUUUUAGUCCACGUUAGAUGCUACUAAGUUUUGGAAGAAAUUGUAAUAUGUUUUAUGCUUAAUGAAAAUUUAAAGGCAAUGAUGUCAAAUAUUGGAGGGAAAACAGCUUCUACAAGAAUUUACGAGCAGUAGUUUUUACAAGAUUGAUAUUAGGGAAGCCAAACUUAUUAGGCAUACACAAGGUUUAAAAUUGCGUAAAUAUGCCUCGAGGCAUUUUUCGUCCGUGAGGCGAGGCAUAAGCCUCGAGGCGGUAUGGAUGCAAAAUUGUGUAAAUGAGAAUUUCAGGGUUUUAACAGGUAAAUAAUAGUAAGUUUCUAUCAUUGUUGAAAGAUUUAAAAUGAUAAAAAAAAUGGAAAGUACGAAUGCUCCAACCACUAAAAUUCUAAAAAAAAAAAUUGAAA